CAAAGUGUCACAAAGAGCUCGGCCGUGGCAGCAGCAGAGGCGGCUGCAACUCAGCUUUUGUUCUCCUGGCCAGGGGUAGCUGAGCCCUGGCCUCCUAAUACCCCAACCUGGCCCCGGGUCAUCCUUCUGUCUUGUUUUCCCCCGCGAGGGGCCUGGGGUGCUGCUGGAUGAACCUCUUGUGUCUGACCACAGGUCCUACUCUAUUUGCCAACCUAUUUCUGCACCUCAGCACCUGUUGCCUUCACUAGCAGCUUUUCCUCCUCCUCUUCCCUGCACUCCCCAGAACCAAAGAAUGUGAAGGGGGUCCAUGGAGGGCUCACGUCCCCGUGCCCCCGGCGGCCACUUAGCGCCGUCGUCGCCAGCCUUCGACGGUGAGCUGGAUCUGCAACGCUACUCCAACGGGCCAGGCGUGAGCGCAGGGUCGCCUGGGAUGGGUGCGGUGGGCUGGUCUGAGAGUCGCGCAGGCGAGCGGCGCUUCCCCUGCCCUGUAUGCGGAAAGCGCUUCCGCUUCAACUCCAUCUUGGCACUGCACCUGCGGGCUCACCCGGGCGCUCAGGCCUUCCAGUGCCCGCACUGCGGCCACCGAGCAGCGCAGCGGGCUCUGCUGCGCUCGCACUUGCGCACGCACCAGCCGGAGCGCCCGCGUAGCCCUGCCGCGCGCCUGCUGCUCGAGCUGGAGGAGCGCGCGCUACUGCGCGAGGCCCGACUGGGGAGAGCCCGGGGCUCAGGUGGCAUGCAGGUCACUCCAGCCACCGAGGGCCUGGCGCGGCCUCAACCUCCUGUGUCAUCUGCCUUCCGUUGCCCUUUUUGCAAAGGCAAGUUUCGCACCGCGGCAGAACGCGAACGCCACCUGCAUAUCCUGCAUAGGCCCUGGAAGUGCGGUCUGUGUAGUUUUGGCUCCAGCCAGGAGGAGGAGCUGCUGCAUCACAGCUUGACAGCCCACGGGGCUUCCGAGCGCCCUCUGGCGGCUACCUCCGCUGCGCCCCAGCCUCAGCCUCCACCCCAGCCGGAUCCCAAAUCGGUAUCUGAGUCCGAGCCUGAGUCCCAGCAAGAGGCAACCUCCACCCCCGCUCCGGCUACUCCCGAGGAGCCCCCAGCACCUCCGGAGUUCCGCUGCCAAGUGUGCGGUCAGAGCUUUACGCAGUCUUGGUUUCUCAAAGGCCACAUGCGCAAGCACAAGGCCUCCUUCGAUCAUGCGUGUCCCGUGUGUGGCCGCUGCUUUAAGGAGCCCUGGUUCCUCAAGAACCACAUGAAGGUGCACACCAGCAAGCUGGGCCCACUGCGGGCCCCGGGGCCUGGCUCUGGGCCUGCCCGAGCUCCCCAGCCUCCUGACCUCGGUCUGCUGGCCUAUGAGCCGCUGGGCCCCGCGCUCCUCUUGGCCCCGGCGCCUACUCCGGCUGAGCGCCGCGAGCCCCCGAGCCUCCUGGGCUACCUGAGCCUGCGAGCUGGGGAGGCCCGGCCCAACGGUGAGGGUGCUGAGUCCGGGGCCGGCCGCAGCUUCGGAGGCUUCGGCUCGCUGUCCUCAACUCUCCCAGCCCGGGCUCGCCGGCACCGUGCGGAGGAGCCAGACGCGGAAGAGGAGGUGGUGGAGGCGGAGGAGGAGACCUGGGCCCGGAGCAGGGCACUGGUUCCUCUGGCUUCACUGCACCCGCGCCCAGGCGAGGGGCCAGGCCAUUCUGCACCUGCUGCGGGGGCCCAGGCAAGGCCAGCGGCCACUCAGGAAGAGAAUGGGUUGUUGGUUGCGGGGACCCGGUCUGAAGGAACCCGGGGGGCCACCGGCAAGGAUUGUCCGUUCUGUGGAAAAUCUUUCCGCUCGGCGCAUCACCUCAAAGUGCAUCUGCGAGUGCACACAGGUGAGCGUCCCUACAAGUGUCCGCACUGCGACUACGCGGGCACUCAGUCCGGCUCACUCAAGUAUCACCUGCAGCGCCACCACCGGGAGCAGAGGAGCGGGGCAGGCCCUGGACCACCCCCGGAUCCGCCGCCCCCUUCCCAGCGAGGUUUGGCCCAGCCGUCAGGGUCCAAGCCUGCUCCACAGCCUGCGACCUGGGUGGAGGGCGCGGCGAGUCCCCGGCCUCCUUCGAGCGGCGCUGCACCCGGCUCCCGUCGGAAGCCGGCUAGUCCCGGGAGGACCCUGCGCAACGGGCGAGGCGGUGAGGCCGAACCCCUGGACCUGUCCUUGCGGGCGGGGCCGGGAGGCGAGGCCGGGCCGGGGGGCGCUCUCCACCGCUGCCUCUUCUGUCCCUUUGCCACUGGAGCCCCCGAGCUCAUGGCCUUGCACCUGCAAGUGCACCACAGCCGCCGGGCUCGGGGCCGCCGGCCACCCCAGGCCAACGCAUCCCCUCCGUAUACCCGAGCCCCAUCGGGGGAGACCCCUCCUAGUCCUCCACAGCAAGGGGAGGAGGGCCCCGGGCUGUCGAGACCGGGCGAGGCGGGAAUGGGGGGGCAAGAACGGUAGGGAGCCCUCUUAGGGGCUGUUAGUUUAGUGAGCUUACCCUGCCGGAGCGGGGGAGCGCUAGAGGUAGUUGGGUAGAGCAGCCAGCAGGGGACAGUGUGGGACCUGUAUCCCAGCCCCGGGAGGACCAGAGGUCGAGGGGGCAGCGGGCAUAGAAGGGUGGUCAGGCGGUACCCACCCAGCCCAGGGGAGAGUCACAGUGCCUUAGAAGUGGCAGGGGUGAGGGUCACAGAAUGAGGUCCCAGGGCUGGCAGAAAGAGUUGUGUCCCUGUAGAGGAGCGGCUCUGCCAGUCUUUGCUGGUCCGUAGGCAUGAGAGUUUAUUUUUGUACAAGGGGUGAGGGUGGGGGGCACUGUACCCUUCUAGCCCCAUCAGGGGCCUUGUAGAUGUUGCUAUUUUUGGUACGAUCCCUGUCGCAGAGUCGUGUCCCCAAUAAACAGGUGUCUUGAGGCA